UUAAAAUUCGCUUUGUUUUCUUUGUGAUCUUUCAUCUUUUUCCCGCACAAUUUAAACGUUGCAGUGGACAGUGGAAUUGUGCUUCCGCAGAGCACGCUGUAAACACUUUCGUUCCCGAAUUUGAUUCGGGUUUUGGUUUUCUAGGGGGUGAAUGACUACGUUGUCGCUGUGCGUUGUAAUUGGGAUUUUAAACGAGUUUUCUAGUCAUUGUUAGAUCGAGAAAACAAUCGGUUCAUUUUUUCGAAAAUGUUAUCUCCGAUGAAGAACACAUUUCUUCAUCAUAAUUUGGCGGAAUUUAAAGUAUUUGGGUUAUUCAGUUCGAUUUGUUAGAAUUUCAGUCGAUUAAUUUACUGCUGAAUCGCUCCGAAAGCGGUAAGGGGCUUGGAAAUACUAUCAUUGUCACGUUAGAAACAAGUGUUCAGCAUUUGAAUCAUUAAUAAGUAGUAUCUCAGUUUAUCUUUGUUCUUAUUUUUCUAUCUUUCUUUUCUUUUACGUAAUUUAUAUGUAUUUCAAGUUUUCACUCCCGAUCGUAUUGAAAUUGUUUCUUGCUUGGCCCUGAGACGAUUUGACUAAUGUGCUGGAUGGUGUUUCAAAUUUCACCAUGGCUGUGUAGGUGUUAAAUUAAAGAUGGUGAAGCUGACAAUGAUUGCCCGUGUUACUGACGGUCUUCCUCUUGCUGAGGGACUAGAUGAUGGUCGUGAUUUGAAAGAUGCUGAAUAUUUCAAGCAGCAAGCCAAAGCUUUGUUUAAGAACUUAUCAAGAGGACAGAAUCAACCUUCGAGGAUGUCUAUUGAAACUGGCUCUUAUGUCUUUCAUUAUAUAAUUGAGGGGCGUGUUUGCUAUUUGACAAUGUGCGACCGUGCUUACCCAAAAAAACUUGCUUUCCAGUAUCUUGAAGACCUUAAGAAUGAAUUUGAACGUGUUAAUGGGCCUCAGAUUGAAACUGCUGCUAGGCCAUAUGCAUUUAUCAAGUUUGAUACAUUCAUGCAGAAAACGAAGAAGCUAUAUCAGGACACCCGUACCCAGCGUAAUAUUGCAAAAUUAAAUGAUGAACUCUAUGAAGUGCACCAAAUAAUGACUCGAAAUGUUCAGGAAGUUCUUGGUGUGGGUGAAAAGUUAGAUCAGGUUAGUGAAAUGUCAAGUCGAUUAACAUCAGAAUCUCGCAUUUAUGCUGACAAGGCAAAAGACUUGAAUCGACAGGCUUUGAUUCGGAAGUGGGCACCUGUAGGUAUCGUGCUUGGAGUCGUAAUUCUCCUAUUCUGGGUGAAAACAAAGAUUUGGUAACCCAAUUGCCAAUUCUAAUCUGAAAUAUUAUGAGGCUUCUUCAACGCCGUGGAUUGCUGCAUGCAUUUUUGGCGUAACUCGAGACUAUGGAGUCCAUGUCUCAACUUUCAAGGUGGGAUUGAGUUAGAACACACGUUUUGUAUGCAAAGGGGAAGAUGCUCCCUCGUGAACUGUGAGGAUUCCCUCCAUCUAACAGUUAGAUUAGUGAGAACAUUUACAUCUUCUGUAUGAUAAGUAUUGAACAUUCAUAGAUCUCUGCCCUUUUUUCCCUUUUCUUGGGAGGGGAUGGGCUUUGUUUGACCACAUUAUUUCUGUUCUAUAUUUUCUUUAGGAUGAUAUUCCUUUUGUUCUCUUCUACUUGAAUGACAUUGAAUAAAGAUAGAAGGUACAGAGUCCAACCCCUUUGAAAA